CGUGUCUUGUGGGUGUUGUGUAUCCAUUGGUUCUCCAUCCCAUCGAUGAUCGUCAAGCGUUGUGUCUCUUCCAUGCAUGUACAGUGCUUGUGGCCCAUUCCCGCGAUUGACCGGCGUGUAUUGUCACGUUGACGGCAGAGCGCUUCCUGUGCGCCCUUCCGUCAACGUGACACCUCCGCUCAUCAAUGGCAGGAAUGGCCCACCGACAAAUGGCAAAUCAUCUCUCACUUCUCUCUUUCGCACUUCAUUCACACACCACAAUCGAUUAACACACACACAGAUGCACAGCCGCGUUUUGGUCACGCCCCGAUCAUCGAGACCAUCCCAUCAGGCAGGGGUGGGGGGACGGGGGGACCCUCCAGCACCGAUUGCGGGUCCUCGAGGAACCGCAUCCGCAGCUGCUUGGCCUCGUUGAGCUUCUCCUUCUGCCUUUUCUCUGCCAUCCGUUCUUGGUACGCCGCCUCCUCCUCUUCUGUCGGCUCGCGAUAGAGGUUGUCCUCAAUCCACCUGCACCAACACAUACACAUACGCAUACAAACAAAAGGACAGAUACCUUACCGGCCUCUCUCUCUCUCUAUCUCUGCUCACUUGUCGUAUCCUCCAGGGUAAGUUCUGAUCCACAGAGGGAGCCCCGUGCCGUCCUCUGAGAACUCGGGCUUGAUGAGCUGCCUCUUGGGGGGAAUCGGGUACAUGACCGGCUCGUUGACGCCGUAGAACUCGAGCACGUCGAGGCUCUCCACGUUGCCCAUCGAUUUGGCGUACCACGCGGGCGUGUAGCCGUACUGAAAUGGAGAGAAAGAGAGAGAAGGUCUUUGGGGGAAGGGGGAUGUGUGUGGUGCUUACGAAGUCAGUGUCGUUGAUGCGCUGUGUGCUCCGUUGGGCGAGCAUGUUGAGGAUGGUGUCGUAGUUGUAAAUGGCCGCUAUGUGGAAGGCCGUCCGAUUGUACACAUCCUGACACACACACACACACACACACACAUCGAGGGAGGCACAUGGUGGCUGCAGUGCACUGCAGCGCUGCACCUGAUGGUUGACGUGCUGGUCCGCCUCUGGGUCGUUCCUCAGCAGAUAGUCCACCAGGUGCGCAUCGCCACUCUCUGUCGCAUGCAUCAGGGGCGUCCAUCGCAUCUAAACACAGACACAUGACGAGCAAGCAGAGAGAGUAGACACACGGCCUGGUCUCUGCUUGCUAUGUGUGCUUGGUCGUUCCCUGCUGAGCUGACCCGGAGUGCACACCCCAGCCGGAGUCGAUCUUUGCCUUUGUCCCAGUCCAACAAGUCUUCGAUAUCAUAACUCUGCACGGAGGUCGACAGCAGACAGCCAAACGAUGCAUGGAUGGAUGGAUGGAUGCCAUCACGCUUUCUCACCGGUGCGAGAUUGAACGUCUGCCUGGCGCCUUCGUUGCCCCACAUGGCCUUCUCAAGCUGAACACACAACACACAACACACAGAAUGCAUCCACCCUGCUGCCAGGUGGGCAUCCACCCCUUCCUCCCUCCCUCCCUCUCCAUCUCACGCAAUCGAAGUCGUGCAAGCGAGCCCCCUUGUCCUUCAGCAUCUGCAGUAUGGCCAGCUUGGUCUCGGUGGACGUCCGCUCGAAGCCGAUGGGCACGCGGCCGUCGCCUUUUUCCCCUUCAUCCUGGCCCUCGCCUUCAGUGCCGGUGGGCGUGAUGCCGCCCGCGAGAUCGGGGUUGUCCAGCUGGCAGACGAUUGACACGGCAGACUUGCCCGACUGCCAAAAGCCAAAAGCCAGCAGAGAGAAGAAAGAACGAUAUCAUUGUUGGAUGGGAAGGAUCUCUGCGCGUGUGUGUGUGUGGCGUCGUCUCACCUGGUCAGUGAGGUUUGGGUCUGCUCCGCUGUCCAGCAGCUGCCUGAUGGCCUUGACGGCAGGCACACCGCUGUAGACGCCACACGCUUGCAUCAGGGCUGUGUCGCCAGCCUAAUGGACAGAUACACAAACACGCACACACAAACAUUCUUGUCUCUCCCUCUCCCUCCCUUAUUCCCUUACCGCGUUUUGCUGGUUGACACGAGCUCCCUUGGCCAGGAGCAUGGCCACGAUGCCGUCGUCCUCGCCCUCCUCGGCCUCAUUCUCAUGCAGCUUGUUGCUCUCAAAUGUGGCCAUCAGCAGGGGCGUCCGCCGGUCCUGAAGCGGUGAACACACACACACACACACACACAGACACACAGACACAGAUGUACUUCACGUGUCUAGCAGAAGCCUGUGUGUGCCUGGUGAAACGUACGUUGUCCUCUGUGUCUGGUUUGGCACCAGCGUCGAGGAGCAACUUGACAACCUGACACACGAACCCGGAGCAAGGUUGUGAAGGAUGGGCAGCUGAAUGUGAUGUGGUGUGAUGUGAUGUGACGCCGGUGUAGCUGAUCACCUUGGUGUGGCCCUUGCCCGCCGCCCGAUGCAGAGGGGAGAGCUUGUUCUACAAAAGGGAGGGAGAAACAAUCGCCACACGGAUGGAUAAUGGAUACCCAUCAUCAGGUCGGCAAUCGACUUUCUUGUGCGUACAGACCAGGUCGAGUUUAUUGACGUUUGCGCCCCUCUUGAUGAGCAUCUCCACCACCUCCCACACGCCCCAGUGACACGCGUAGUCCAGACAACUACGAUUGUCCUGCCACAAGGCACACACGCCAUACACACAUGAUUGCCCACUUCGGGCACAAUCGGCUCGGGUGGAUGCGUGUACCUUGUCAGUGGUCUGGAAGUCGGCACCAGCGUCGAGAAGCAGUUCAGCGAUCUGCGGAGACACCAAGAGAGAGGCACAGAUUUGUUUUCCUGCAUCAGAUCUAAUGUGAUGUGGCUGUCCAUAGCGCACCUGUGCGUAUCUCUGUCGGACUUGUGGGUCUUGUGUGGUCUCUCUGAAGGUGAUGAACCGCAUGUCAUGGCCGGCCUCCAGGUACGUCAGCCACCGGUGCGUCGGCCACAGACACACGUAGUCGAAAGCGCUGCGACCCAUCUGACCCGAAGGAAGCCAUGAGUCAGCGUGCCUCAUGACGAUCCGUCUUGUUGGUGCAUCGUGUGUCGCGUACUUACCUUGUCUCGGCGGUUGACGUUGAGAGUGGACCUGAAGUCGCCUGUCGCUUCUUCGGUGGUGCUGGUGCUGAUGCUGGCGCCCUCGUCGGUGUCCUUCCUGACGAUGGCUUCGUUGUAGGUCAUCAGCCGUUUCAGCAUGGCGAGCUCGCCAAAGAUGGCGGCAUACGUCAGGGCGUCCCUACCACCAUCCUGCACACGAGGCGCACACAAGGAGACUCAUUUGACGCCGCGCUUGAGCAACGUGUAUGUGUGUGGGGUGGGGUGGUUACGUCAGUGCGUGUGGGGUCGGCUCCCCUGUCCAUGAGCAGGUCGAAGAUGGCCCGGGAGCCCUUGGAGAUGCUGCGGUGGAGCGGGGAGAUGCCCUCAUCCUGACAGACAGACAGACAGACACCAUCCACACACAUACAUGGUUGUGUGUGUGUGUGUGUACCUUGUUGGUGUUGUAGUUGAGGUCAGCCCCCAGGUCCAGCAGCAGCCUCACCAUCUUGAUGUCCACAUUGUCAAUCGCAUGGUCCAGCGGCCGACGAUUACUCUGCACACAACCAUACCAUCCCAUACAUGGAGCCAUCGCACGCACCCAUAUUGGCACACACACACAUGCAUACCUUAUCUGGCGUGUCUGGGCUGAUACCUCCCGCCCUGAUCCACCGCUCGGCGAAGCCAUAGUUGGACGCAUUUACAGCCUGCACGACAAGCAUGCACAUGGCACAUGAGGACACACGCAGCCGAAAGGUGAGGCGGUCUGUCGACAGCAGUUCUCACGUCGUUAAGCGGCUCUCCAAUGCGGUUCUCGAGAGCCAGCUCUUCUGGCGUGGCUGCAGACAGGCACACAACGGAAUGCAGCUGCGCGUGUUGUGUAUGUGUGUUGGGUGGCGUACGGAUGUCCUCAGGCCCCUGUGUGAUGAAGUAAUUAUAGGGGUCCCAUAUCUCAUUCAGAAAGUGCUCGUAAGGCCACCUGUCGCGAAUCAUCCACGCUUAACUCACACACACAAUAUCGACACAGACACAAUCGACACACGCACACACACGCGCGUGCGCUCACGCAAACAGGACCACCCCCCGUGUGUGUCGCGUACCUCCCUGGCCCUGGGUGCCUCCGCUUGACGCGAUGUCUGUAUCUCCCGUGCUGUCGCCUGUGGUGGGGUUGAACUUGCCCGCCAGCUUGCUCGCCUGAGCAGACGCCGCCAUCCGCUUCAGCUCCGUCAAUGUGGACGUCCUGCACACAGACACACAGCAACAUACACACACAUCACCACCCAGAUCUGGCACCCAUCGGCCGCCAUGCUGUUCGUCACCUCUUCUCUCGCUGCUUCCGUGGCACUUCCGGCACUUGUAUGGGCGGCAGGGUCUCCACAGCUGACGACUGCAUCACCGUGCUGCCUCUCCUCGCCAGCCGCUGCCGCAGCGGCGAUGCAUUGAGGAUGAAGGCAGAUCUCGAUGAGUCGUGGUGGUGGUGGUAGGCGAAGGACAGAUCGUUGCAGAGCAGGACAGAGAUGGCGGCAAGCAUCAGCGCCAUUGAGCGAGGGAUCUGCUGCAGUGGCUUCAACACAUCGCCGCUUGUGCCUGUGCCUGGGGAGGGAUCACUCGCCUCAUGCGGCUGCGAUGAAUCGCGAUGAUCUAUCAUCCACCUUUUUCCUCCAAA